AUGUAUGCAAGUGAAAGACAGUUAUCACGCCUAAGAUUAACAUAUCUAAAAGCAGUUCUAAGCCAAGAGAUAGGAGCUUUUGAUACAGAAUUAACAAGUGGAAAAGUCAUAACUGGAAUAAGCAAGCACAUGAGUGUUAUACAAGAUGCAAUUGGUGAAAAGUUGGGUCACUUUACCUCUAGCUGCACAACUUUCUUUGCCGGGAUUGUGAUCGCCGCAAUAUCCUGUUGGGAAGUAGCACUUUUGUGUUUAGUGGUUGUCCCUCUUAUUCUCAUAAUUAGAGCAAGUUACACUAAGAAAAUGAACAGAAUCUCGAUUACGAAAUUGUUUUACCAUUCUGAAGCCACGUCUAUGAUAGAACAGACCAUAUCACAAAUAAAAACAGUAUAUGCUUUUGUUGGGGAGGGUUUGGCAGUCAAAUCCUUCACAGAGAACAUGGAUAAAUAG